UUCAUUGCAAAAAGAAUAAUGGGGAAAACAUUUUUGUUUCAAUUGCUGAAUUAAAUUGUGACGUGGUUUUAUUGUUCCCCCAAAAAUAUCCUCAAAUAUCCUUUCUAAUAUAAUCCUGGUAAUUAGGGUUGACAAAUUUGAAACUCUAAGGGAGGCGAUAGAGGUAGACAAAGGGAGGAUAUGACUGGCGACUGAGGUAGAAGAAGGGAGCAUUCGACCAAGGUAGUCAAUUGAGGUAGACGAAAAGAGCACAUAAUUUAUCCAUUAUCCAUGCUCGACAUUUGUCAAUAUUGCAUAGUUGGAAUUAAUGUUGAAGAAGAUGAACAAGGCAAUAUAAUUAAUGUUGAAGAAGAUGAACAAGGCGAUAUAAUUAGUGUUGAAGAAGAUAAACAAGGUGAUGGAAUUAAUGUUGAACAAGAUGAACAAGGUAAUGGUGGAGUUAAUGUUGACGAAUAUGAACAAUGUGAUGGUAGAAUUAUUGUUGAAGACGGUGAACAAGGUGGCUAUGAAAUUAAUGUUGAAGAAGAUGAGCAAGGUGAUGGAAAUAAUAUGGAAGAUGAUGAACAAAGUGAUGUUAUAUUAGAUGAUAAUGAUGAUAGUGAGGAUAAAGCAAUUGGUAUAACAUUUCAUGAUAGUGGGGAUGAUAGGGCUCUUGGGUUGGAUGAUGGCUUUGACAUAACUAGUAAAUAAGGUGGUGUCAAUGGAAAAAAAUGUAGGGUAAAAUGUUUUGCAAAGAAGCACAAAGACACUCCAAAUAAAUUUCUGAAUGGUGUUGAUAAUAUUGGUUCAUCUAGUUAUAUGGAUAAUGUGAUGGAGAUUAACUAUGCUAGUGAUGAGCUUGGUAGCAAUGACCCAAAUAAUUUAGAUCAUGAGAAGGAACAAAGGUAUGAUAAGUUUAUCGUGGAGGAGUUGGACAAGAAUUAUAAGAUCAAUGUGGGAUUGAAGUUUUUAUCACUUGAUGAAUUUAAAGAAGAAAUUACUGAAUGGUCAGUCUUGAAUGGGAGAGAUAAGUUUUGUAAAAAAUGACAAAGUUAGAGUAAGGAUAAUUUGCAAGGGCAAAUGUGGAUUUUUGGCACUUGUAAGUAAGGAUGGGAAUAAGCACACAUAUAUAAAUAAAAGAUGGUUUGAUACUCACACGUGUAUCAGGGUAUUGAAUAAAAUAUCAAUAAAUUCCAUGUGGAUAGCUAAGACUGUGGCGACUAGGAUGUCAUCUUCGGGUGGUGUUAAUAUUCGUGAUAUUGUUUUUUUAAAAUUAUGAGUAAUUUUUCUAUUGGAAUAACUAUGAGCGAGGCAUGGAAGGACAAACAAAUUGCAAAAGCUAUGGUAGAAGGUGAUGUAACAAAGCAAUAUAACUUGUUGUGAAGGUACUAUCCAGAGUUAAGGACUGUAAAUUUUUGGAACACUUGUAAGAUUAAUAUGGAAAUGGUUAGAGCAACACUACUACAAAAGUCUGUUAUCUUUUACUUUUUAUUUAAUAGACUUAAGAAGAGCUUCACAAUAACUUGAAGGACAUUUAUAGAAGUUGAUGGAUGUCAUCUUAUGAUCAAGUAAAUGGGAAAUUUUCUUAUUGUUGUUGGUAGAGAUUCCAAAUGACCAAUACUUUCCCCUAACUUUAGGUGUUUCUUAAACUGGAACAAAAGAGUCAUAAAGGUGGUUUCUUACUUUACUUUUGAAGGACAUUGGUCAAGAAAAAAGAUGGGUUUUCAUUUCUAGCCAAAAAAAGGUACAUUUUCAAACAUUUCAUUAUUGAUAUGUAUUUCAUAAGUGGUCCAUGUAACUGAUAUCUAUUUUAGAGUUGAUCCAUGUAACUGAUAUUAACUUUGGAAUUGAUCCCUGUAGCUGAUAUGUAUUUUGGAAUUGAUCCCUGUAAUUGUACAAACUGAAAUUGCUUUUCAUGUUCUUACUGAUUUGCAUGGAUUGAUCCCAAUAUUUGUAAAAAUGUUUGAAUAAUGGAUCACAUGCUCUGUCUUAGGCAUUUUUAUGCCAAUUUCAAAAAGAAGUUUGGGGGAGACACAUAGAUUUGGGACUUAAUGAAAGGAGAUGCUGAUGCAGUAUAUAUUAAUGUGAAGGCUUGGGAGUGGUUGUCCAAAAUACCUACCAAAGCUUGGUGUACUUAUUGAUUACGGAGCAUAUGCAUGUAUGAAACGGAAAAGGGAGUGAAAUGGUGAAGAAAAGUGAAAAAUGCAGCAUUCUGGUGCAUGGUGUUCGCUAUGGCACCAUAAUAUUUUAGCCCCUUCAUUUAAAGCUCAUGGAGACCGCCAUCUUCCUGCAGUAACAAUAUGCCUCGAAGUGGGUUGGAAUCACUCCUUCCCACUUCCCUACUUUUCCUCAACCACCUUGGAAUGUGAAUGAAGAAGUUUCACAGUGCUGUAGCUAUAUAUAAGACACCUUGUACCUAGUUUUCGAUAUCCGGAGAUAGAGGCAAAGCGGUGUCUGUUUAGUUUAAACACAAAUUAUAUUUUCAAGUGAUAAUCACUCGAUUGAGCGAUUACCAUGAACUAUUUUUAGGAUUUGCUUGUACUCUUGGAUCAACAAUGUUGUCGUUUUAAUUGAAGUUAUUCCAGUUCCGUUUUUA